CUGGGAAACACCAACGAUGAUGAUGUCGAGCGUCAACUGGCUGGGCUGUGGAGGAUACAACAGGUCUUGGCAGUCUUACAAGCUGCUUACGUCAUAGGCUCACCAUCUCGUCCACAUCGUCUGCAACUUUCCUGCACAACUCUGCCCAACGAUCACAACUUGAACAUGAGCAGAAACGGGACGCAGCCGCCAAACGGCGAUGCUCUUGAGCUUCAGCUUCUCAUGAGCAGCGACGAUGAAGAGCCAGACUCCCCACUCGACAUGCACCCACCGCCGCCGAAAUGGAUGACCGAGACACGACCGCAUCCGUGGCUGUCAAGCGCGGCUGCCCUUUUUGUUCACCUCCUGCAACCCCGUCUGACUUGGCGCUAUAUUCUAUUUAGCGUCGUCUUUAUAUAUACUCUCUACUGCACCAUCCACGGCACACCGCUGCUCGCUUCUCCGUUGCCGGGGUAUACCGGCCCACACGGUGUCGGCGCCGUCGACCUGGAAGUGCCUUUGGCAGGUGGGCCUCGGCGCGUUGCUGAAGGUGUUCUGAAGGGCACCGACCAAGCGGCAUUCGAAGUCGAUACGCUGCUCGCCACUGUGUAUUAUCCAACCGACCGACAAUUCCGCUCCCGCAAGGCCCGCUACCCGUGGGUCCCGCGUCCCAUCAGCCUGACCGGCCAUGGCUACGCCCUCAUUGCCCAUGUGGACAAUUUCAUCACUAGGCCGAUCUUUACUUUUGCGCUAUGGGCCAUUGGUGGCAGUAUUACGAUACCCGCUGAAGUCGAUGCUCCGCUUCUCGUUGGCGAAAAGGGCCUUGAAGCCUUCCCGGUGACGGUCUUCUCGCACGGUGAUGCCAGUUCACGUACUGAUUAUACGAACUUCCUUGGUGAGAUCGCCAGUCGCGGACAUGUCGCUGUCGCCAUCGAACACCGCGACGGCAGUGGGCCGGGAACAAUAGUCAAGACCUCGACUGACAGGCCGGGCCGCAAGGUUCUGCCAUUCCGCGCCUCAGAUCUGCAAGGCGAGAUAGACGCGGAUGUCUUCAAGAGGUCGCAGCUCGCCGUCCGUGACACCGAAAUUCAGGCAGCCGUCGAGCUGCUUCAUGCCAUCAACAGAGGGGCACCAAUCCUCAACACCCGCGACCCCAUCACGACUUUCACCCAGAGCCCUUGGACAGGCCGCCUUAAUAUCAGCCACCUAACCCUAGCUGGCCACUCAUUCGGCGCCACAGGUGCUCUCCAAGCCUUAACCACACUCUAUCCAUCUACCUCAAUCAAGCCAGGCGCCGGCCUGAUCCUCGACCCCGGCAAAUCCAGCGGCCCGCUGAACCCCAACGCUACGGUCCCUAUAUUAGUCGUGCACUCAAACUCGUGGUCCCGUAAGGUCAGCCCCUUCUACAGCCGGCCACACUUCGAUACAGUUCGCGACCUCGUCCGCGCAAUCCCCGCACCCUCCUGGUUCCUCACUAGUAUCGGCACCGCGCACCCGAGCGUUACUGACGCCCCACUCUUGGAACCGUUGCUGCUUAGCUGGACGACUGGCGCAAAUCUAGACGUAAAAGAGGCUCUACGGGAAUAUGUGCGCGUCGCAGAUGACUUUGCGGCUUUUGUCCGCGGCGGCGAGCGCAAAGGUAUUCUCAACGAGAAGACGACACAUCAUGAAUAUGGGGUCUGGGUGAGUGAGGAGCGGGAGAAGGAGUUUCCGAAGGAACUGGCGAGGUUUUGGGAGGUGCAUGUUACGCCCGAGGAUCAGGAUAAGCCAAAGGAGGAGCCUGUUGAGUUGUAAUAAGUUAUGAAUACGGACUCGGGCAUACCAUAGUGUGGAUGAGUGGAUGAGUCUGUGGCCGUUUGAUGAUUUGUAUGCGGUUGGUCGUGGAAAGAGGCAUGUCCAUACUGCUGUGGUCUUCCACAGUCUCUGGAAUUUACCUAGUGUGCAUUCAAUCUAGCGUGCUUGAAAUACCACUCUAGCCCUGAUCCUCCACCUACAACACUCACAGGAGGAUGCUCUACAGAUUUAGGAUUCCCCACUCGUACUCAAGAUCGUCUGAACAACAGAAUCAGGUAUAUCGACAAUCGCAGUAUGCCCAGCCCCACAGUCAACCAUUGAUAUCUCGCCCUCAGCACACCCCACAACUUUCCUCUGUAUAUCGACGGGAAUCGAUCUAUCAUUAUUGCAGAGUAGGUACGUCGCUGGGAUAUCUCGAUGAGCCGCAUCGCUCAAUUCCUCCAUCCACGAAGCGACAGAGUGCGGUUUCCGCAACGCUGCCAAAGCGUCGGCGUUGUGCUCUGGUAGAAAGUCGCUGUACAGGAUCCUGGUUGCCGCGGAUUCCUUGUAUGGUAUGAGCCCAUCAUAUAGAGCUGUCCGUCAGCACAACACACCCUCAAGAUCCAGUACGGAUAGGUAUGUCCUCGACACCAACUUUGACCGUCAAGAAAUCCGGAACUUCCUCGCUCCACGCCUGAUUAAACACACCCAUCCCCUCCUGAAACAGAUACACAGCGAGAUAAACAAGCGCGACAAUCCCGCCCGGCCUGCCCCCUUCCUGCCGAGAUUUACAACUUAGAUCUUUUGCGCUCUGCGUACCUGGUAUUCCGCUAUAGGAGUGCAUGACGAGGAGAAUGCGGUGCCCUUCAUCGGCGAGCGUGGAUGUCACGGAGUGGAUUGUGGCUGCGUCACCGCUCAUUGAUGCGGUAGUCCCUACGGAUGGUAAGGACACGGCUGUCGUCUCGUAUCCUUUUUCUUCGAGGACUGAGCGCACGGUGGCGUAAUAAUCUGGGCUGUGGAAGGCGCCGGGGACGAAGACUAUGGCUGGCUUCGACAUGGCCAGGGUUGAUAUUUCGGCUCAGAGACUGAAACAAAUGAUGCGGCUAAAUUGCCGGUAUUUCUCUUCUUACACCAUCAAAGGGAUUCUUCUCUCUUUUAUAGACUGGCCAAGCCACGGGUCUGGCUGGCUGUGCUGAUCGUGAUGCGUGUGCGGGCGACGGCGCAGUUGGGACCGCUAGUGUCAUCAAGGUGAAGAGUCCAGCCCGC